AUGUUUAAAUCACUGACAAUAAAAUUCAACAAGGUGAAGCCUAUAGGAGGGAAUGAUGAGAGUGAACAAGGUUCACAUCCGAGCCAUCAGUCUCAACAAUCCGCAAGACAGGGAGAAAAGGAAAGUGAAAAGAAAUCUCUCAAAACCAAGACAUUUGAAGAGUCACACAGCAAAAAUCAAGAAAAAUUCUCUGAGAAAAAAUCCUUCAAAGAUAUCACUGCCAACUCUGACUCUCCAACUCCAGCAGAACCAGCCAGAACAGUGCCAGCUCAGGCGGAAAUAAAGACUGGGAAAGACAGCCCAACCAGCCCAAAAUGCAAACUACCUGGAGUCCCCAUUAUCAAUGACUACGCCGAUGCCCAGCUACACAACUUGGUGAGCAGAAUGCGUCAAAGAACAGCUCUCUACAAGAGGAAGUUAAUUGAGGGAGAUCUAUCCUCACCUGAAGCCAGCCCACAGACUGCAAAGCCCACAGCUGUAUCAUCAACACAAGAAAGUGAUGCCAAGCUUAAGACAGAGCAGAACUCUGGCAAGCUGUGUUCCAAAUUCCAGAAGAUGCCUCUGACAGAGUACCUAAAGCAAAUUAGACUUCCAAGAAGCAUAGAUUCAUACACAGAUCGAACCUAUCUCCUGUGGCUCUUGCUAGUCACCCUUGCCUAUAACUGGAACUGCUGGCUUAUACCACUACGCCUGUUCUUUCCAUAUCAAACACCAGAAAACACAGGCUACUGGCUCAUUACAGACAUCGUGUGUGAUACCAUCUACCUCUGCGACCUGCUGUUAAUCCAACCCAGACUCCAGUUUGUAAAAGGAGGAGAAAUAAUAGUGGAUUCAAAUGAGCUAAAGAGACACUAUAGAAGUUCUACAAAAUUUCAGUUGGAUGUCGCAUCAAUAAUACCAUUUGACGUUUUCUAUCUCUUCUUUGGUUUUAACCCAAUUCUUAGAACAAAUAGGAUAUUAAAGUAUACUUCAUUUUUUGAGUUUAAUCAUCACCUAGAAUCUGUAAUGGACAAAGCAUAUAUCUACAGAGUCAUUCGAACAACUGGAUACUUGCUCUUUAUUCUGCACAUUAAUGCCUGUAUUUAUUACUGGGCUUCAAACUACGAAGGAAUUGGCACAACUAAGUGGGUAUAUAAUGGUGAAGGAAACAAGUAUCUGAGAUGCUAUUAUUGGGCAGUCCGAACUUUAAUUACUAUUGGGGGUCUUCCAGAACCACAAACUUCAUUUGAAAUUAUUUUCCAACUCUUGAAUUUUUUUUCUGGAGUUUUUGUAUUCUCUAGCUUAAUUGGUCAGAUGCGAGAUGUAAUUGGGGCAGCUACAGCCAAUCAGAACAACUUCCGCUCCUCCAUGGAUGAUACCACUGCCUACAUGAACACAUACUCCAUUCCUCGAAGUGUGCAGAAUCGCGUACGGAGGUGGUUUGAAUAUACAUGGCAUUCUCAAAGAAUGCUAGAUGAGUCCAGUUUACUGAAGAACCUGCCAACAACGAUGCAGUUGUGCCUCGCCAUUGAUAUGAACUUCCACAUCAUCAGCAAAGUCGACUUAUUCAAGGGUUGUGACACACAGAUGUUGUAUGACAUGUUGCUAAGAUUAAAAUCUACCAUCUAUUUACCUGGUGACUUUGUCUGCAAAAAGGGAGAAAUUGGCAAGGAAAUGUAUGUCAUCAAGCAUGGAGAAGUACAAGUCCUUGGAGGCUCAGAUGAUGCUCAAGUUCUGGUUACUCUGAAAGCUGGGGCAGUGUUUGGAGAAAUCAGCCUUCUAGCAACAGGUGGAGGAAACCGCCGAACUGCCAACGUGGUGGCCCAUGGGUUUGCCAAUCUUUUAACUCUGGACAAAAGGACCCUCCAGUCAAUUCUAGUGCAUUAUCCAGAUUCUGAAAAGCUUCUCAUGAAGAAAGCCAGAGUGCUUUUAAAGCAGAAGGGCAAGACUGCAGAGGCAAGCCCUCCAAGAAAAGGACUUGCCUUUCUCUUCCCACCCAAAGAAGAGACACCCAAAAUGUUUAAGGCUCUGCUGGGAAGCACUGGAAAACCAGAUCUUGGAAGACUGCUCAAACUGAAAAGAGAACAAGAGGCUCAGAAAAAAAGUGAAAACUUGGAAGGAGGAGAGGGUGCUGGAAAAGAACAUGAAGAUAAAGAAAAUGAAGAUGAAGAUAAAGAAAGAGAGUCGGCAGAGAAACCACUGGACAGAUCCCAAUGUAGGGCAAGUUCUAGCACAGCAGAGGAAACACCCCCAUCGAUGAGGAAGGCAGUUUUACCCAGAGGAACGAGUGGUCAAUCACUCAUCAUCAGCAUGGCUCAUUCUGCUGAGGCUGGGGAAGAUGUUCUAACUAUUGAAGUCAAAGAAAAAGCUAAGCAAUAA